GCAGUACAUUGGAAAUGAUGGAGAAAGGAAAGAUUCCAAGAUAUAUGAACACAUACAAAUUAUGGUCCGAUAAUCCGUUUAAUGCAGAAGUCGUUCAUAAAAUUUUAGUGGAAAUAGUUGAUGAAACAAUUGUCAAGCUCAUCUAUGAACCAGAUAAAGUACCUAAACUAGCCAAAUGGGCUUCUGGAGCCAUAAGGACCAAGGUUAAAGAACUUAAUUUCGACAGGUACCCAGAGAAAGCCCAAAGUGACGUGGUUGGCGAAUUGGAUUUUCCCAACGUUUAA